CGCCUUCCACGAGCACGGCAGCCACGCGGGUCCGACCUGGCCGGCCGCGGCGCUCGACCACAACCUGCCGCUGCGCGCCUCGUGCGGCCUCACCGCCCUGUACGCCGCCGUGAACCGGACGCGCGGGCCCGAGCUGGCCGCCACGGCCGUCGCCCCGCCCGUCAAGCGGCUGCACGAGACUUUCCCGGACGGCACGCUGUGCCUCGCGCCCGACAUGCCGCUCCUCGCGCGGAGGUACCGCUUCAUGCACGCCAUCUCCGAGACGGACCUCUCGCAGGUCAUCUGCGCCACUGACACCUACUGCGAGUGCGAGCGGGCGGCCGAUGGGCGGCGGCAGCCGCUCGUCGCCAUCAAGGUGCUCAACGCGAAGCACUGGAUCCUCGGCGCGCAGGAGUACACGCGGAUGCGCCUCCUCCGCAAGCGGCAGGACGCGGAGGGCGUCCACGUCCCGAUUGCCGGGGCGACGUCCUGCUUCGAGGUCGGGUGCCACUUUUGCAUCCUGCAGCCCCUCCUCGCCACCCUGGAUCACGAGGCGGCCCGCUGCCGCCUCUGUGGACCCCCCGGCGGCGGCGGCGAGGUCGACCUCGGCAACCGCGUGCGGCUCAUCGACUUUUCAAACGCAAUGACGCCGGCCGAGUCAAAGGCGUACUACGACACGUUCGACGUCCAGACGCUGGGGUACCGAGCGCAGGAGGUCAUCUUCGGCGCCCCCUUCGGCUUUGGGAUCGACAUGUGGUCGCUCGGGGUCACUCUCUGCGAGCUGUUCGCCGGCCGCUACCUGCUCCAGGCCGCGUCGCGCGGCGGGCUCGCGGUGCAGGUUGCGCAGCUGCUUGGCCGACCACCGCAGGGCCUCUUUGACGGCGCGAAGUACCACGCCGAGCUGCACCACCUCGUGGCGCACCAGCCGCCACCCCUCCCGCCGACGCAGCUCCGCGCGCGGCUGACGGAGCGGCUUGGCGCGCCGCGCAGCAGCCAGGCGCAGCUCUUUCUUGACCUCGUCACCGGCAUGUUGCAGUACGACCCUCGCCGCCGCCUCACCCCUUCCGAGGCGCUCUGCCACCCCUUCCUCGCCCCCUUCUUCCCGUGGCGCGCGACGAUGCCGCGCGAAGUGGUCGCCGCCGCGGAUGAGAAGGUGUUCGUGGAGAUGCGGGGCCCCGCUCUGGACGUGCAGCCCGAGGAGCCGCCGCUCAAGAAGCGGCUUGUGGGGGGGCGCCCCCUCGACGCCGUGACGCAGAUCGCCUGAGACGGGGCCGCUUGUCGCCGGUUGCACGGCUUGUCUACAUCUGCACCUGCUCUCUCUCGUUUGCAUGAUGCGUGUGGUGGCUCGUACGACCUCGCCCGCCCGUGCGGUUCGUGAGUCCCCGCCCUCUCUGACUCGUGAUCUGAUCUGACGGCAUGUGUACGUUCUGACCCGUUUGUGUGUGCGCUGCGGGUGCGCGCGCUGCGGGUGCGGGGAGGUGGGGCCGGGAGAGCUCAGCUGCUCUGCCGCCGCCCGGUUACUCUACUUUGUAAAAUACCUGUGUUUGUACGUAUUACGUUACACACGAUGCACCG